GUGAAGCAUAAGGGAAAGGGAAAAUGACAAAUUAGAGAAAGGAAAGGAGAAAAGAAAUGUGAGUGGAAGAGUGUGGCUAAGUGGAUUUGCUUCAAAGAAGAAGAAGAAGAGAGUCUUAUCACUCAUCAGAAAAUGACAUGCAUAGAGAGAGCGUCCCCUGCUUUGAAUCAGAUCCUGCUCAAACUAUACAGUGCUGAGAAGCCCAUGGAGAUUGAUCAUCACUUGUAUGAAUUUGGGUCAGCGGAGUAUCAUAUUCUGUCUGAAGCCUCUGAUCCACGAGUAGCUUUUUUGUCAAUAUCAACUGCACCUCUUUGCCCUGGAGUCCUUGCCACAAAUGAGCUUUCUUCCUAUACAAUUGAAAUGAUAAAGGCACUUUGUCCUGCUGUUGUGGAAAUUGCUGAAUCUAGACGAGAAGGAUAUCAACUUACUCUCAAGCUGAAUCUCACUAAGAUUCCACGUGGCAAAGAUUAUAUCAAGGUAAUUAAGGAAAUUUCAACAGUUCACUCGGUGAUUUUAAGUUCACAGCUGAAAGAAAUAUUGUGGAAUUUCAACUCUGAUAAUGCAAUUAAGGGGAUGCACAAACCCAUCAAACUAGUCUACAAUCCAAGAGAACCUUUCUUUGUCAUUAGACAGCCGCAGCAAAUCAUUGCAGUAUUCCCUAUUCGGUUUGCAGAAAAGUCAGAUGUGAUUAUUUCAACAGCUUUCUUCCAGGAGCUGGUGGAUGUUGGAAGUUCAGAUAGAUAUGCCAAGGCACCACCAUGCAGCUGGUCAGCCAUUCCUCCUCCAGAGCUAAGAGGAGAAGCUUUUGAGGAUUUGAGUACGAAUGGAGGCUUUGUCUCUUUUGAUAUCUCUUCUCACCAUGUUGAUGGCAAAAGGCUAGACAAAACUGUUUGGAAUCUAUUAAAUUUUAAUGCCUAUGUUAGGUACCAUGUAAAGAUCACUAAAGGUUUUAUCCAAAGAAGAAUGAGGAAACGCUUAGAAAAUCUGGUUGAGGUCCUACACCAUAGAGAGUCAUUGGAGCAAGAUAAUGAACAAAUCACAAGGCAUCAAGAUGCAGGAUGUAGUUGUACAAAAAGACUAGUAAGAUCAUCUAAAUACAGCAUCCUGAAACAAAGAUGGGGAAACCUUGGAAGAAAACUAAAGAGGAUUCACUUUCGACUUAAGAUUCAAGGAUUUGGACGAUUUCGUCAACGGUGGUUGAGGUUACCAAAAUUUUCUUCAAGAGAAUAUACGAAGUUGGAUUAGAUUUUUAGGUAGCUUUAUUAGUUUCUAUGUAAUAUAUGGAUAUGGUCUUCAAUUAUGUUUGCUGGACAUGAAAGACAACUAUUGAUCACACAAUUUUCAUUCAUGUCUUACUAUAAAAUCUGACUUUCAACUUCUUGAUUGUA